GUUGUUAGUGAGCGUUGAUGAUGAUGAUGGAGUUGUGAGGAGGGAGAGCUGUCAUCAUAUCCGCAGCAUAUGGAGAAUCAUCACCGUAAAGUCUUUAAAACGUAAAGAAAAUGUGUUUUUAGUCUAGUUCAGAAGUGCUGCCUUCAGCCUAUGAUACCGAGGAGGAAAGACGUGUUCAAGGAGGAGUCAAGAAGCAAGGGAUGGAGGCGCACAGUUCAGGCGGCGGCAGGAAGAGGAAGAGAGAGCAGUCGAACGGAGAGAUAACAGAGGGAGAGAGUUUCCCAAAAAUGCCUUGCAGGACUGAGGGCCUGAGGGAACCUGCACCAUUCGCUGAUGAGCUGGUGACUCCAGAAUCAGCAUAUGCUCGUGUCAGUAUGGAGGAAGCCCUUCAUGGCACUCCAGAGGAGCGUCCGGUACGCGUCUAUGCUGACGGGAUCUUUGACAUGUUUCAUUCGGGACAUGCUCGGGCCUUAAUGCAGGCCAAGUGCCUUUUCCCCAACACAUAUCUCAUUGUGGGCGUGUGCAGCGAUGAUUUGACGCUUAAAUUUAAGGGCUUCACUGUCAUGAAUGAGGACGAGCGGUACGAUGCGGUGUGUCACUGUCGGUAUGUGGAUGAGGUCGUCCGCAACGCUCCAUGGACACUCACACCUGAAUUUCUGGCCGAACACAGAAUAGACUUUGUUGCUCACGACGACAUCCCGUACAUCUCAGCCGGAACUGAUGAUGUUUACAGACAUAUAAAGGAUGCAGGUAUGUUUGCACCGACUCAGAGAACAGAGGGCAUCUCCACAUCUGAUAUAAUCACUCGUAUUGUACGUGAUUAUGACGUUUACGUGCGCCGUAACCUGCAGAGAGGCUACACUGCAAAAGAGCUCAACGUCAGCUUCAUCAAUGAGAAGAAGUACCACCUGCAGGAACACGUGGACAAGGUGAAGCAGAAGGUGCGAGACGUGGAGGAAAAGAGUAAAGAGUUUGUGCAGAAGGUGGAGGAGAAGGGCAUCGACCUCAUUCAGAAAUGGGAGGAGAAAUCACGCGAGUUCAUCGGAAACUUCCUGCAGAUGUUUGGGCCGGACGGAGCGCUGAAGCACAUGUUGAAGGAGGGAAAAGGACGGAUGUUACAGGCCAUCAGUCCCAGACAGAGUCCCAGCAGCAGCCCUGUCCGCGAGGAGCGCUCGCCCUCACCCAGCUUCCGUCUUCCCUUCUUCACCUCUUCUCCAUUCUUCUCUUCUCACAGCGGUUCACACUACUUCAGCAAAGAUGACGACGACGACUAGAUAUCCGUUUCUAAAAAUCAAGCGUCUGUUUUUCACACAUUGUUCCUGUUUUACUCGAGUAGCCAAGAUUGUAAAUACAGGACGAUCUGGAGUAAGGUUUAUUUGAGUAAGGAAAUCAGUGUUCAUGAAAUUAUUCCACCCAUUUUCUCUCCCUCUCUCUGUCCCUCUGAAGGUUUUUAUCCCACAUCUCCCUCUCACUUCAGGGAGAUUUGCUACACACCACUACACCAAAAGACUCCAUAUUGUUGGGCCUUUCUUUUGGAUACAUUUUGUAUUCGGCCUUGCAUAAUUAUGCACUUCACAUUACUCUUCGUCUCGUUCUCAGCCGCAGAAAACUCGCAUUCACCUGCUUUCAUUGUUUAGAUCCUUUCAUACUUGAACAGCGGCCAAAUCUGAGAGCAAUUCCAGCACGAGGGAGGGCCAGAAAUCUGCUUUUCUUCAGCUUUAGUCUGUCCAUAACUCAGCGUGUUUUAUUUUUCACUCGCUCUUCAUUCAUCAGUCUUUUAUGCUGAAGUUUACUGUCUGUUUUUCCUCAUAUGAACCCUCUCUCAGAGUCUGAUGUGAAGUAAUAAUUCCAGGCGUCCUGGCAUCUCCAUUAAAACCCAGUGUUACGCUGUGGCACGAGUCCCAGGCUUUCUGAAAAGGAUUUGCCCGCUGAAUGUUUACAUUACCCAAGCCCAGCGAGGGACAGUGUUACACGCAGGAGAACCAAGACCUGUUUGUUUACAUGUUUGCGUAGGACUGGAAGACCACAGUAGGAUUACAUGAUGCUCGCCAAUAGACUAAAACACAACUCAGGACAAGAAUAGUAGUUUAGAUUAGUCAUUGAAAAUCAAUAAAAACUGGAGUAAAUCACUAAACCACCUUGAAAAACUAAAGAAAAUGUGAUGUUAUUCACUCACUCAUGAGAAACAAAGGACACACAAUAUACUACAGCACCUUUAAUGUCCAAUAAUAUUUUAGAAAACGAUUAUUUAAAACAAAAAAAAGUCAUUUUUCAAUAUUUUAAUGGGCUUAAAUUCAGAUAUGCUUGACAUAGUCCUUGCAUCUACACUUGAAAAAGCUUUUAGUUUCGUAUUGCUUGUUUAUGAAUAACAUUUUUGACCUAAAGAACCUGGAAUGAAGGGUUGGAUCUUCAUUGAGUGCUAUUAAAACAUUUCUUUUUAAA